UUUCUCUUUUUUUUUUCUUUUGUUUUUCUUCUUUUCUCGAGAAAAUCUUCUCUCCCACUAUUCAAACUCCUCUGUGAUUGCUUGAUACUGCGAACGAAUUUGCAUCUGCUUAAUAGUCUAUCGAUGGAUCUCAGAAGAGCGGGGAGCCCAGUGUACGGGCACCAAUGGAGCCGAUCAUCUAACAAUACGGAAUCGAGGUCGCCGUCGAUGUCUCCCGCUCACCGGAAACAACAUCUCGUUGGUGUUGGCGGUUUCUCCACCGUCAAGCGGACCCAGAAUGUAGCCACUAAGGCGGCGGCUGAACGACUAGCGAAGGUCAUGGCCUUACAGAGCAAGGAAAAUGAGGACGACGAUGAUGACGAUGAAGAUCACGAUUUCAAAUUCGCUACUCCUUCCUCUACCAUCAAUGGCACCAGUAACUUACCGGCGGUUUCCUUCUCUCGGCGAAAUCGAUCGCAAUCGCCUGCGAUAGGCAGAAACCUCACUGAGCAAGUGACUUCAGUGCGUUCUUCGUCGGCGGGAAGGCCAUCUACGUUUGGUAGAAUCACUACUCCGAAUGCAUCUCCGAAUUGGAUGCCCCCUAAGGCCUCCUUGAAACCUCCGCUUGAUCCUCCGUUUAAGGACAGGGAUCAAAGGUACUUUGGUGAUCAUGUACCGCUUGUAAAUUCGAGAGAUAAGGGGUAUCAGCGGGAAGCUUCUGCUCUUCGUGAUGAAGUGGAUAUGCUACAAGAGGAGAAUGAGAUAGUAUUGGAGAAGCUUCACUGUGCAGAAGAGAAACGUGAGGCAGCAGAAGCCAGGGCUAGGGAGCUGGAGAAACAGGUUGCUUCCCUUGGAGAAGGAGUGUCCCUGGAGGCCAAAUUGUUAAGUAGGAAGGAAGCGGCAUUGCGCCAAAGAGAGGCUGCUCUUAAGGCUGCUAAAGAUAAAAAAGAUGGGAAAAAGGAUGAAGUUGUUUCCCUCCGUUCAGAACUUCAGAUCCUGAAGGAUGAGGCUGCAACAGCUGUGGAACGGCUUCAAGAAGCAGAGUCAGAAGUAAAGGCUCUUCGUACAACGACACAAAGAACGGUUUUAACACAAGACGAAAUGGAGGAAGUAGCCUUGAAGAGAUGCUGGCUUGCCCGGUAUUGGGGUUUGGCAGUGCAGCAUGGAAUAUGUGCUGAUAUAGCACCAUCCAGACAUGAAACCUGGUCGGCUUUGGCUCCUCUUCCAUUUGAGCUGGUCAUAUCCGCAGCACAAAAGGCCAAAGAGUUGUCUGGGGAUCAAGGUGGGAGUGAUCAGAGCAAAACUGAUAGAUUUCUAAGUGACCUAACUGGAGAAGGAAAUAUCGAAAGUAUGCUUUCAGUUGAGAUGGGUUUGAGAGAGCUAGCAUCCUUAAAGGUUGAGGAUGCAGUUAUGCUUGCAUUCGCUCAGAAGAGAACACCGAGUUUAAUUCGUCAAGAUUCCAAAGGGAAUGGAGAAGUCAGAUUUGUAGAGGCAUACGAACUAAAAGAAGGGGAACAAGAAGAUGUGGCCUUCAAGCAGGCAUGGCUGAUGUACUUCUGGGGAAGAGCCACGUUGCACGGUGUGGAAGAAGACAUUGCUGAUGAACGUCUCCAGUUUUGGAUCAGCCGUAGUGGAGGAAAAACUCCAACUUCUCACGAUGCUGUUGAUGUGGAGCGAGGUUUGUUAGAGCUAAGGAAACUAGGAAUAGAGCAACAAUUAUGGGAAGCUUGUCGCAAAGACACCAAUCAGCCUCUUCCAUCUUCUUCUCCUACCUCUACUCUCUCAAAUCACAACAACCUGGACCCCUGAGUUAUGUAUUAUCAAUAGCAUUCUGUUUUGUAUAACAUAACUUGGAAGGAAACAAAACAUCUUUUAAA